AUGAGUGGUGUGAACAUCACUCAUUCGCCAUAUGCUUGCAUCGCUUGCCGGAAUUCGAAGAGGCGCUGCGACAAAACUUACCCCAGAUGUACACUUUGCACGCAGCCAGGGCGCUAUGGCAUCUCGGAUCCCAAUAUCUCGGAUAUUCUUGCAUCACGCUUUUUGGACCCCGACUUUUUCUAUCAUCUACAAUUAGAAACUCCCAAAGUGGAUAUAGCGAUCCCAAAAAUGGUUGCUGACUAUGUUGGUACCAUAGUCGACAUUCAGAACCUCUCCAAUACCUAUUUCGAUUCCAUUCACACGUGGAUGCCAAUUUUGUCAAAGAAACAAUUCUCUUCAAAUCUGCCUAACUAUCUCACCCAUAGAAAGUCCGAGCUCUGCCUGCUUGUCAUAUGCAUGAAACUAAGCUCUUCUCUUACCACCACGGCAAAAACAGUGCUAUAUCGAACAGCAAAACAAUUUUAUUUUGAAAUGGAGUCGUCGGGAAUACUAUCGGUUACAGUUUUGCAAGCCGGUGUACUUAUUGCGAUUUACGAACUAGGACAUGCCAUAUAUCCGGCUGCUUUUUUAUCUGUAGGACAAUGUGCUAGGUAUGCGGCGGCACUCGAGAUCGAAAAAAGUAUCACUUCGCAAAUAUUGGACAAGCUCCCAUGGAAUGAAGUAGAAGAACAACGCCGAGUGUGGUGGUCUAUUAUAAUCUUAGACCGAUACCUCAAUCUCUGCAAUCCUGGUCGACAUCUCAUCACUCCAGAUCCAUCACCAGAUAGCUAUCUUCCCGCCGAUGACCAAGAGUGGGACACAGGAUCAUCACGACCAGAAAACUCCUUGACAAUCGGCUCAUCGUCGGGCUCAUAUAUGGGUCGUUUCGCUCGGUUUGCGCAAACCGCUCAUUUAUUAAGUCAAGCGUUAUAUACUGUCGCAAAGGAACCUGAUACUGAAACCACUCAAUUACGGCGCACUCUUAUGGCACUCGUCAACCUCUCAUUUAUGGAGGGCACAAUGAGACAGUGGGCAUUUUGCAGUCAGAUGGCGGUGUGUUUCAGGUAA